AUGCCCAAGGAGGGAAUCGCGGCAACUCCUUUCCACCUAAUGUAUGGCGGUGAAGCAGUAGUCCCCGUCGAAGUCGGAGUUGAGUCUGAUCGGCUACAGCACUAUGAUGAAGAUAACGCCGAGCGGAGGUUGCUGGAGCUGGACUUGGCAGAUGAAUCGCGCGCUAGAGCCGCCAUCCGGUUAAUGGCCUAUCGCCAAAGGAUGAAGCAGAACUACAAUCGGAGGGUGAUUCCAAGGUCGUUCCAAGUAGGUGAUCUUGUAUGGAAGAAGGUAAAGUCAGUCGGCGACAUCACCAAGCUAGAAACCCCAUGGGUUGGACCCUUCAAGGUCGUGGAGAAGCUCCGAUCAGGCGCCUAUUACUUGGAGGAUGAGGGCGGUCGACGACUGGAGCGACUGCGGAGUGCAAACCAUCUUCAGCCUUACCGAGUUAGGUGA